AUGGCUGAAAGAGGAAUAACAGAUGAUGUUAAAACUGAUGAAAAUGUUACUUUCUCAGAUUUGGCUAUAUCGGAACUAACGCUUAAUUCACUUAAAACAGCUGGUUUUAUUAAACCAUCUCCUAUACAAUUACAAGCAUUGCCAUUAACCUUACUUGGACUUGAUCUUCUUAUUCAAGCUAAAUCUGGCACUGGUAAAACACUUGUUUUUAGUAUAACAGCUCUUGAAUUCGUACAAGCAAUUGAUAGUGAUGAUAAUGAAAAUUCAACUGUGAUAACAACAAAAGUAAUUAUGCUCGCACCAACACGUGAAAUAGCACAACAAAUUGUACAAGUAAUUAAAACAAUUAAACAGCCCGAAUGUAAUGUACAUACGUUUAUUGGUGGUACAUCAGUAAAAGAUGAUCAAACUCAUUUAAAAAAAUGUAAUAUUGUAGUUGGAACACCGGGACGAGUUGAAGAAUUACUUCGAUUGAAAUAUCUUCGACCUGAUACAAUUCGAUUACUUGUUUUAGACGAAGCAGAUGUUCUUUUAUGUAAAGAAUUUCAAGAACAAAUCAAUUCAAUAUUUUCAUAUAUGCCAUCGAAUAAACAAGUAUUAUUAGCUUCAGCAACAUAUCCUGAACAUUUGAUUCGUUUUUCCGAACGUUAUAUGCGUGAUGUGACAUGUAUACGUUUAGUUGGUUCGGAAUCGCCCAGUUUAAUUGGUAUUCAACAAUUUUGCAUGUUAAUUCCUCAUCAUCCAAUAGAUUCACAUUUAUUCGAACAAAAAGUUCUUUUACUAUUGCGUAUUUUGCCUGAAUUAAAAUUUCGCCAAUGUUUAAUUUUUUCUAAUCUUCGUAUGCGUUCAUCCGCUGUUUGUGAACGUAUAAAAUCUUUAGGUUAUGAAACAACGUAUACAUCAAGUUCACUGGCACAAAAUCGUCGAACAAAAGCAAUGCGUGAUAUGUAUAAACAUAAAUGUCAAAUAUUAGUUACGACUGAUUUAACAUCUCGCGGUAUUGAUUUAGAUUUUGUUGACUUUGUUAUUUCAAUGGAUUUACCCAAUGAUAGCGAAACAUAUUUACAUCGUAUUGGACGCGCAGGUCGUUUCGGUGCUUAUGGUUGUUCAUUAACUAUAGUUGCACGAGGUGAUGAACAGAAACAAUUAGAAAAAAUUCAAGAUGAAUACAAAUUAAAUUUAAUCGAAACAGAUGAAAGUCAACGAUUUCAAGUGUUAAUAAAUGCACUUGAACAAGUAACUAUGAAUAUUAAAGAUUCACAAUAA